AUGGCCGUUGAACAAAAAAAGCCUCGCAAAUGGAUCCAGCAGACAAUUGAAUCUCUCGAUCCGGAGAAAGACUACGAGGAAAUCUGGCGCCUCUCUGCCGGCUACGGGCUGACACCUUUCCUGCUGAAUUUGGUUUACGCAAUGACCUUCCCCAACUUCAUUGCAACGGAGCAAGGAUCCCGCGCAGUAUGGCGGUCAGAUGGCGGAAAGAUUGUCUACAAAGCCACCCAACGAGUCGAGCAGACGUCCAACAACAACGCGAUAUGGUGGUGGUAUGGGCCUCAUUCCCCAAUAACGAAGAAGUCGGUAGACCAUAUCAACGAUAUCCAUGUCUACUACAAUAAACAGUUCCCCGGAGAUUUUGAGCACAACGACGAUUAUAUAUACACUCUCACCUACACCGCAACAACCAUGCACCGGUUGAACCUCCGACUCGGUCUACCCGGCUUUAGCGAGAAGCAGAAAGUGGCCGCGGCUAUAUUUUGGAGAGAGAUGGCAAAACUCUUUCAUUGCGGAGGGAAGGCGCUUCAUAGUUUCCCUGACUGCUGGGAUGAGAUCGAGAAGUACAACGAAAAGAUCGAAUCCAGCAUGGGGAUAGCACCUGAACGUGCGAAUCUGAUUGCAGAAGGUUGCUUUGAUCAAUUCGCUUUUCGAUUCUUCCCGCCUGGUUUGCGUUGGCUGGGCCGUGCAAUCCCUAUCUGUCUUUCGCUGCCUACGACCAUGGAAGCUUGCCGGAUUGAACCUGUUAACCCCUUAUUGAGUCAACUCAUCAUUCUGGUUUUCGGCACCUUCCUCUGGUUUGUGAAGACGGUACUACCAGACCCAACUGAGUCCUAUUGGCAGCAGCAGGAGAAAAUGUCGAAGGUCGAGAAGAAGCAGGAAAUCUCUGCUUACCGGGAUCUCGACUCUGCGUUUGCGCCCUGGUUCAUCAAACGGCAUAAGAAAGAGGCUACCGGAUGUCCAUUUCACGCCAUGCUGGGCGAAAAGAAGAAGGAUUUUGCGCCUCCAAAAGACUUUGAUAUUGAGAGGGACACCGUGAAAACAAAGUGA